UCCUCAAAUAUUACAGAAGUUAUGUCGGUUAAACACGGGCUAAAGCGUGGGCUAACUCGUAGGAAGCGGGUGGCUACUUAACUUAGCUGCAGCUGGCUAAGCGUUAGCUGGUGCUGUAAACAAACACUUGAGCAAACUGCUGCUCGCAAGCCAGCUCAGAAGCUGCACGGUUUUUUUUUUUUUUUAUUUCCAAACAACAAAUCCGUUGGUUAGUGGUAUUGAAUGUUAUAACGGUGUUUUGCUUGAAUAGGUAGCGGAAGACUUCAUUUUUGUAUUAUUAUUUUUUUAACAUUUUGCGUGUACUUGCUUGAAGUGCAACUUUAGUUUUAGUGACAGUGGAGGUUUCCUCCAACUAACCGGGACCUCCGUCGGUUUAGAGCGGGGUCGUGGUGCACCCAAGGAGACUCGUAGCAGCACACGGACAUGUCGUCGUUCUCCGAGGCGGCCCUGGAGAAGAAGCUGUCGGAGCUGAGUAGCUCGCAGCAGAGCGUGCAGACUCUGUCCCUGUGGAUCAUCCACCACCGCAAACAUUCGGGUCUCAUCGUCAAAGUUUGGCACAGGGAGCUGAAGAAAGCUAAAACCAAUAGGAAGCUGACGUUCCUCUAUCUGGCCAACGAUGUCAUCCAAAACAGCAAGAAGAAAGGACCUGAAUUCACCAAAGACUUUGAGACAGUCCUCAUUGAUGCCUGCUCUCAUGUUGCAAGUGAAGUUGAUGAGAGUUGCAAAAAGCACAUGGAGAGACUCCUGAACAUCUGGAAGGAGCGCAACCUUUACAGAAGCGACUUCAUUCAGCAGCUCACCCUGGCCAUCGAAGAUUCCAACAGCCCCCAGCCUACAGAAGAUAAGAAACCAGUGAAACGAACCUACCAGAAGAUCCAGCAAGAUGAAGAGGAGGAUGAGGACGACGACUACAGGAGCAUUAGCUCUCCUCGCAACACGGACGCCUCCGCUAAUCAACUGACAGAGGAGCUGGUGAAAGCGUUGCAGGACUUGGAGAAUGCCGCAUCAGGCGACGCUGCUGUACGACAGAAAAUCGCCUCAUUGCCGCAGGAAGUCCAAGAUGUUUCACUACUUGAAAAAAUAACCGAUAAGGAGGCAGCAGACAAGCUUUCGAAGACAGUGGACGAAGCGUGUUUACUGCUGGCAGAGUACAACGGCCGCCUGGCCGCAGAGCUGGAGGACCGCAGGCAGCUGGCACGCAUGCUGACCGACUACAUUGGCAGCCAGAAGGAGGCGCUGGUGGAGAGGGAGAAGAAGCUGGAGGAAUACAAGCAGAAGCUGGCCAGGGUGACCCAGGUGAGGAAAGAGCUCAAGUCCCACAUCCAGAGUCUGCCUGACCUCUCCCUACUUCCCAACGUGACCGGCGGUCUAGCCCCUCUUCCCUCGGCCGGUGACCUCUUUUCCACCGACUGAGUGAUGGAGCUCUGACCAGUUACCACCUCAUGUCCUCCCACACCCACCUACCAACGCCCACCCUCAGCAUAACCAUAGCAGGCUGUGUUGCUGGCAAGGGACUGUUAAGGUUAACACGUACCAGCAGGACAAGUGAGGGACUGGUUUGUGGGAUCGAGGUCGGGACAAUAACAUUGGGUUUUGCAAAAUCGCAGCUCUCUGCAGAGAGAACAGAGACUCAGUAAGCCUGGAUUUUCUCGCUUAGUGUUCACGCCACCAGCUUGGGGUUAGUUCUUUACUGUUUGUUUUUAUUAUUUUUUUAUUUGUUAAUGACAUAACAUGUAAGUGAAUAAAGAGGAAAGGGGUAGUAGACCGUUGUUACGGUUGUCAAGUUGUGUUCAAGCUGCCGUUUCUAUUACCUGAAUUCCGUACAAUGAUCUGGCCUUAUUAGAGUUUGUGACUGCACUGUGAUGAAAAUGUACCAUUGAUUAGUUGCAUUUAGGAGGGUUUUUUUUUUUUUUUUUUUUUGGGGUAUUGUUUUAGAGAGUUCAUUUGAAGGUUACAGAGACAGUGUUGUUGUGGGAGGUGAAAUCAGACAGAUAUGAUGAAGUACCCAAUAAGCAUUUUCCAGAUUUUUUUUUUCCCAUCUCAUUACUAGGGGAAGUUUGUGAGGAGUCUUUAGUAUGGUCCACCAUUGCUUCAUUUUAUUGCCUGCAAUAUUUGGCAAUUCAGUCACAAAGAUAUGUAAAGGGAGUUUGACCUCCAAAAUAAGAAAAAUAUUAAUUAUCCCAUUAAGUAGUCCUUGAGUUUUUCCUAAAGUCACAACUAAUACAAUUGAUGGGAAUAAACUCAUAAUGCAGUUUAUAAAUGAUGAAUGAUUGACCAGAGCAAAUUCUCACCCCAUGGUUAAGAAUAGAAGUAAUCCUAUAAAUACAACUAUUGUCCCAGUCCCGCUUGUUUGUCCAAAUGUCACACAACAGCCCCAGUGGAUUGGGUGUGUUGUGUUGCCAUUUAAAUUCAAUGAAUGUGAAGUUUAUUUUAUGCAGCUCAAGUUAAUUUUUACCUGUCUGCAAAACAAAUUACUGAUGUGAAAAAGACAGGAAAAUAUGCAGCGGUCACAAUGUUUGCUAAACCAAAGGGUGGGCGUGUGUAUCUUUAUUUUAUUUUUUUUAAUGGAGUCAAUGCUGGACCUCCUGAGCUCAGUCUUGACCUCAAUUAUCAACUAAAAAGAGUUUUUAUGAAAAGGUUCAAAUGUCACUGAAGCCACUGGAAGGUAGGAAGUGCUUGAGAAAGAACACUAUUUGUCACUGUAGUUACAUCUAUUCUUGCCCUCACUGUGCAGUCUGCAUUUUUCCCUGCAUAACCACCUUGUACAAGCUGGAGUCUACCAAUAGGGUAGUUUUAUUUCUGUAAUUAAAGUGAUUCAGUGGCUGCCAAUAAACUGGAACCAUUUGAACAA